AUGGAACUCUCUUUAUCGUCCUUUGGGCCCCAUGGAGCUGUCAUCCUGCUCACCAUCAUCACAAGUCUAGGACUAGUCACCUACAAACUCUACGACUUAGUUCUAAGUCGUCGAAGUUUCCGCUACAAGAGCAAACUCCCACCCGUAUCUCAUAACUACGAACCAAGUGACUACAAAACUCCCGUCCCUGAGCCAUAUCCCAACUGGUCUCUCGACUUGACCAAGCCUCUUCCCUACAGGGCCUUCCGCUAUGGACCUACAUACCAGGUCAAUAUGGGUCUGCGGACAUGCCCCGUGCAGGAAUGGGUCGAGCUGGAUAACCAUUAUCCUAAAUACCACGCUGAUAAAGCCGUUCGUAUCGCGGAGAGGGGCACAAAAUGUGUUGAUACUCAUCCUGAUGCCUUUCCUGCUGCCAUUGAGCUUCUGCAGGAACUCGCUGAUUACCUCCCUGCUCGCUACCCGAGUCUCUUCGAAAGAACAGCCGUUGGUGUCAAGAAUAAAUGGUCUGGCGAAGACUUCAACAUUGUUGAACGUCCACUAGCCGAAGACCCCAUGGCCAUCUGCGCACGUCUCAUCCAAGACGAUCUCGCCAUUAUGAUCGAGCGUCCGGACGGUGAAUACUACCUCCUCGCAGGUGCAAUUCUCCUCGCCGGCUUCUGGCGUCUCUCCGACAAAUACGGCAUGUCCCUCUCCGAUAUCCACACCUCCGGCGACGUCCCGCACUUCAAAGAGAAGCUCGAGACGGGCAUGUGCAAGUUCUUCAAGCGUCUGCGGCCCGAGACAGUCUACAACCGCAACAACUACUUCCUGCAAGUUGACGACAGCCUCGCCUGGAGCUGGAGCAUCGGCAGCGAAGACGCGCCCUCUGUGAGCUGGAGCACGGCUGAGAAGAACCGAGCGGUGCAGCACCACAUGUUCCGCUCCGAACGCCAGUCGCUCCGGCGGCUACCCAAGACGGGUGCUGUAGUGUUCACAAUCCGUACGUAUUUCCACCCCGUGACGGAGAUUGCGCAGGAGGAUUACGUGCCGGGCAGACUGGCGAGUGCUGUGAGGAGCUGGGAUGAUAAGGUAGCGAACUACAAGGGGCGGCAGAAGUAUGGCGAUGUUUUGUUGGAGUAUCUUGAUAAAGAGCAUGAGAAGCAGGUGGCGAGGGGUCUGAAUGUUGAGGCGGAUAAGGAAGUUAGGAAAUACCCUUGGUAG